CUUAACCCAACUGCACGGAAAUCAUUCCGUUUCAGAAAUAUAAUGUGGCCAGCUGUGUGUUUUCUGGCUUUUACGGGUGCCGUCCUUAUUCUAGAAGGCUGCAAGAAUAUUACGGUAUGUGAUCAGCUGCCGUGGUCAGAAUGGACAACAUGCAGUCAGUCAUGUGGCGGAGGGUCGCAGACCAGGAAGCGAGAGAUAUGUGGUUUACCUGAAUGGGGCGAAGAGGAAGUAGAGGAACGCUGUUGGAAACCAUUGCGAAUAGAACACAGAUUUUGCAAUACGGAGUGUCUAAAUGACGGAAUGUUUGCUGAUGAUAUGUGCAAAUGCAAACCAGGAAAGAUUGGUGUAUGUUGUAAAAAUGACCUACAUGUAACUUCGUUGGGGAGCCUUACGACAUCGAAGGAAAAGGUGUCUUCAUUCCUCGGGGGAAGUGGAAAUCGAUUAAAGAGGGAUAACCAAAUUGACGAGGAAUGUCGAGAAUCAAACUCUUGUGAUUACGAGGAAGUGAGAGAAUGGAUGCAUUACAGUCAUGACCACAGAAGUGUGUGUCAGUGGAUGAAAGACAGGCGAUGCGGUGAAAAAAAAAUGUGGACCAGGAUACCGCUGUUAUACGACCAACAGGGAUUGUUCCAGGUAUAGCCAUUACCACGUGCGGUGUUCAGAUAUAAACGGAUGUAGCAGUAACCCAUGCAUGCACGGAGGAAGAUGCCACAAUUUAGUGAAUAGAUUUACGUGUUCUUGUCCGGAUGGGUAUAAUGGAGCACGAUGUCAAUACGAUAUAAACGAAUGUGACAGUAACCCAUGCAUGCACGGAGGAAGAUGCCACAAUUUAGUGAAUAGAUUUACGUGUUCUUGUCCGGAUGGGUAUAAUGGAGCACAAUGCGAAUACAAUAUAAACGAAUGUGACAGUAACCCAUGUAUGCACGGAGGAACAUGUCACAAUUUAGUGAAUAGGUUCAUAUGUUCUUGUCCGGAUGAGUAUUAUGGGAUACGAUGCGAAUACGAAAAAUGUACAGAAUCACCCAAUGUCAUAAACUGCCCAGAUGGAGUACAAGAACUUAAUUUCACUAAACUGACGGAAAAUAUAACUUUCUCAUCAUUUGAUCAUCUUCCUGGUAUAUACGGACAAAGUUGUGACGGCGAGAGAUUGACGGUCAACUUUCCAGAGACAGAACUCACGUGGAGUCGUGAAAUACACACUAUUACAAUGACGGCUAAUGAUAACCGAGGACAUUCCACCUCGUGUGUUCUUAGUGUCAAAAUGAAAGAUAUGAUCCCACCAUCGUUUUUGGAUUGCCCCUCAGUGGACAUUGUGCAGGAUGGUUGUAAUGGGGGUUCUCUUGUCACGUGGUCACCAAUACAUGUUGAAGAUAAUUCGGGAAACGUCACAGUCUCAAGUAGCAACAGUAACGGAGAAUUUAUGAAGUUUGGAAGUCAUUUAAUUUCCUACAACGCAGCUGAUGAAUUCGGAAACACUAACCAGUGUAACUUCACUGUCAAUGUGAAGAAGUUACGAAAUAGUGUAUGUGAUAUCCCACCUCAAGUAUUUCAUGGAGUAAUCUCCUGUCAUGACGGUCACACUUUAAGUUGUGGUAUAGACCGAUGUGAACCAGGAUAUCUACAGACAAACACCACAAAUCACGUUUGUAGCAACGGCAUUUGGAAACCACAGUUCUCGGCAGAAUUUGCCUCUUCGAGUUGUAUUAAACCUGAACCGAUUCACUUGGAAAGAAACUACACAUUUAGAUUCACCUGUCCCAACCUGAAGUUCAGUCCAACUGCCCUAAGAGACUGCAUAAAACAAUCAGAUCUUUGUCCAACGGGUGAUAUUUUACUCUGUGACAAGCCUUUUCAGCGGAUAGAAGGGAAGUAUCUCGCCUCUAAAGAUCUCCAGAUCUGGACAACACUGGAGGGAAUAUUGCCGUAUGACGGAAAUAGAAGUGGUCUUAUUAAUAGAAUGGAUCGCCACGGAAAUUCAAUCGCAGCAUAUUUCAAAAAUGGAAACUUCAAGCAAACAUGUCAUCAACUCAGGUGUCAAUUCGAACACAUCAAACCCGAUUCUCUUCGAGAGGUUUGCGGAAACGGGACUGUUGAAUUUAUAAUACAUGGAAAAAGAAUGUGCCAUAAGUUCUUAAUUUAAUGAUAUAAUUUGUUUACAUGAUUCAAAUAUACGGCUAAGAAUAUUUGCUGAGGAAUAUUCGAAGACACAUGGACUAAUAGUAAUAGUAAAGAAAAAAGACGAAAUUUGAUUGUUAAUAAAUCAUAGAACAUGAGAUACUUCAUACUGCUUUUAUACUUUUUUCAUGGUCAGGGAAAUGUGGACCUGGUUGGUUCUAUGAUGGUAGUGAUUGUGUUCAGUGCUCGGAAGGAUUUUAUCAGGAUCAGUAUGGCCAAAGUGAAUGCAAAAAAUAUCCUGAUGGAACCACAUCAGUCAUGGGAACAUUUAUUAAGUCAAGAUGCUUUGUGAAGGUCAUAGUUGAGAAGCAGACUUCAUCCUUUCAUACAUUAACGAUAGUGGGGAUAUCUAUAUCGGGGUCACUACUGAUUGUUUUCAUUGUCUUGAUUGUGAUGGUCAACAAAUGGAGAAUGUCUGCCAAUAGAACUGCAGAACAUACACAAAAUUCCGCUUUUGAGGAAAUUUUAUCCCAUGUCUAUGACGAAAUCAAAGAAGAUGGAUAAAGACAUCACAAAAGGUUUCCAAAAAGAAAAGCCGGUGUACGAAAGAUGCAUAAUCAAAAACUGGGAAAAUCAGAUACAGAUGGUGGAUAUGAAUCCCUACCGGGAAGACGACGCGCUGAAAACCUCUACACAAUAAUGAGUUAAUGAGGAAUUACUGAUAGAGUGUUAAUUAUAAUAUUUGGUAUUUUAACAAUAUGAGUUGAUACACUUUAUUCAUUUGUUAACACGUGUCUAUAUAUGUUUAUUAUAUUUGUUUAUAUAAAACGGCUUUAAGAUCUUUUGAAUAAUUUAUGUUGACGUGUUUCACAC